GACCAUGGUCUGGAUUGAAAAUUUGCCUCAAUAUCUGUAAAUCUUGUUUUCUUGCCCAUACACAUAUGAUACAUCUGCCUCAUAUCAUACGGUGACACGUGAUCGCGAUUGAUAUCUUCUCAGUCACAUGCUUCCCAGAAUAUAUUUGACCUCGACAUUGAACGCCUUAUCUACCUCACCAUGCAUAGGUUGGUGGUGCCCAAUAAGUCUUCAAUCCACCGUUUCACAACCCUAGCGCUCUAUCGCGCGCUUCUCCGACAAUGCGCCAAAUUACCUGAAAAUCUACCGGAGCGCAAUGCAUCCAAGCAGCACAUACAACUACGGUUCCACAGAUACAAGACCCUCGAAAGUCCGUCCAGGGUAGCACAUGCCUUGAAAGCGGGAUAUGAUGCACUCGACCUGCUCCAUGCCGUAUCACAAAACAAACGCACCGAAACCGAGCGUCUCAAGUCCCUCCUAUUCCAGACCACCGAAGCACAGGAGCGCCGGUCCGCGAUGCAAAGAGAGCUGAGGCGGCUGAAGCCGGCCAAACCCAUGAGCGCCAUGGAGCUGAAGAAGGAGGCCAACAGGGAGGCCGCGAGGAGGACCAUGUCGCGACACCCCGAUGCCAUACCGGUCCUGUCGCGUCCACGGCCGACCGUCAACGGGAUACGUCGCAUUCCGAAACUCGUGAAUGCGCGCGGCGUCCCCUUCCUGCGGAUCAUGAAACCCCAACCCGCCAUCCUCGGGCACAUUAUCCGGGGCAAGCUUCGCAAACGAGGCAGGACAUUUCUCGUGCGCAAGAAGUUACUGGAAGAGAGGAUCUGGGCCCAGGAUGAGGACGAGUGGGAUCGAUUGACCGGCCAACAAGAACGCGAGCCAACGGCCAGGUGGCGUCAUCCCGUUGAAGUAUGCAUUAUGGAACUCAAACGACGAGUCUCUGAGAUGGAACGCAAGGAUCAAGAGCUUGCGACAGCCAUGUGGAAGGUCGUCCUCGCGGAGCGUGCGUUGGCCGCCAAAGAGGCCGAGGAACGGGCCGCCAAGAUGGCGGCUGCGCCAAAAGAGACUACAGAAGGGGGAGAAAAAGAGCAGGACUUGAAGUAAGUCGGCCAGCUAGAGCGCCCGAAACUACCCAAGCGACCUACUUGAUUGGGAUUUUAGGGUACGUGCGUAGACCAGCGAAGGGGAUAUCAGGACUAGAGCAAUAGCCUUGGCCCGACGAAAAAGCCCAGGCAUAGCUCAAGUGGGCGAGUCCUCUAUGCAUUUCUCAGGCGAAUAUACCCCAUUCUAUCAGGUCAUAUCCAUAGCAUCGAACCAUAGCCAUAUGUGUUUGAAAUCCACCCGGUGUUCUUG